CACAAGCUCCAAGCGUUUCUGGUGUCUCUCGAGACUGAAAUGAGUAGUGAGUUUAGCUCUGGGUUGAAAUGCGAAGUCGGUUUCGUUUCUAAAUUUCACAUUCAGGUCAUACAUACAGAAAAUUUUCUCUAUCAUAUUAUAUUGCACCAUCCGAGUUGGCCAUGUAUGUCAUCUACAUUAACUUUUGCGCUUCUAAGUUACCAGUUUAGUGAAAAGAGUUGCUUCCAAUUCGAAUUUGGAGAAAAUGGAGGGAUCCUCAUCUUCGACAGUGCCAAAGUUGCCACUCAGGAGAUGCCUCGAAGACAUAAGCAAUUCUAGCGGCCGAACCUGCCUUCUGAGGCAGUCGUGGAUUUUCCCCUUGACGCAAAAGGGAAGAAGGUGAGAGUUUAUCGUGCUCCGCGACCAAGGAAGCCAAUCAUGUCGUGGAAGGCGGAAGAAGUGUUUGGAAGUGAAUAUCUGCAGUGACUGAGUUUUGCAAUUUUAGUGAACCCAAGGCGACUGUCACAGGACGCAGCAUUGCGAGCAGCAGUUGAGAAGUUCAAAGGCGGAAAUGGGAAACAAAUUGCUGCGAAAUUACCCAACCGGUCAGAUGUUAAGUGCCUUCACCGCGGGCAGAAGGUCCUUGAUCCUGCCCUCGUGAAAGGAUACUGGACCAAAGAGGAGGAUGAUAAGUUGCUGGAAUUGGUUAACACGUUCUGCACCAAGAGAUGGCUGCCAUCGCUCGGUCAUUGCCUAGUAGAAAUGGCAAGCAGUGUCGAGAGAGUUACUUUGGGACAACUUUUGGGUAGCAAGCUUUUGGUUCCUCGGGCUUUCAUCUACAAGGUUGCGCAAAUGGCGGGAAUUAUCUGUGGAGCAGGACUCGUCAAGGAUUGCCCAAAACUCCACUCCAGGUCGUGGGUGGUGCGACGAAUACCAUCAGUGCAGAUUUCAACAUCGGCACAUGUCCAGCAGCAGAAAUCAUCGAAAAUUUCUUACUGGUUUACGUGGCGAGGGGAGGAGAAAUGGGGCAUGGGGGAGCAAAAAAAUACGAAGUACAAGUUCCCUGCGGGGAAGGGAGGCCGCGAGGGAAAGAGCCCAAUGGUCGAGUGGGAGUGGGGCGAGCUAAAGCGGGAGGGCCUCCAUGGUCGAAGCGGGAGGUCGGGAUGCGGGCCCGGGCGGGCAGAGCUCGCGUGUUCGCCCCAUUGCCCGUCGGGCUUGCAGUUUUCGUUGUCCAUCUGGCGACCAUUCUCAUCACUGGCUGUGGAAUCAACCCUGCACAAAGAGUCGGCCCGGCUGCUCUCUCGAACUACCAGCAAGUUUAAAAUGACCAGGAUGCUAGCUUCUUCAGUAAAGUGAAUCAGUCACGUCUUGCAUAGCGCGUUAUACAUACGGCUUACAUCUCCACCCCAGACAAAGACCAAAGGCACGAGACCAAAUUCUGAUCCACCAAAUCUGGAAAGUAUAUGAGACGCAGCUAUGUUUUGAGGUCCUUUCUUGUCUUUCUAACCGCCGAGAACAAUUGGCUGGUUCCGUGAGCUCAGCACCUCGCUAUCUGUUGGAAGUGCGAGGGUUUUGUUACAGCGUAUACAAGGACUAAUGGAGGAAGAUACACUCAAAGUGCACCUUGAGCACGUAGUGCGCGUUGUACACAAGUUCCGUGCUCUUAAAGC